AUGCCAUCAAGUGAGGGCUGGCGAUGGGUGAAGCACACGGGCCUGGCGACGCUCUUGGCCUUCGUAUCCGGCUAUACUGACGUCGUGAGCAUCGUAAGGUACCGUGCCUUUGCCGCCAUGCAGACUGGAAAUACCAUCUGGUUGGGCCGCGUGAUUGGCGACGACCUCCCCGACGAUUGGAACGCGCCCUUCUACUACGCUGCAAUACCGAUGUGCUUCGUUGCUGGUGCUGUGCUCCACCAGCUGCUGGAGAAGACCCACUUCCCAAAUCGCGGUGCCAGUAUCGCAGCAGUCCCGCUUGCCAGCUUGAUGAUGGUCGGUGAGGCCGUCUACUUCUUCACGGACUACGACUGGGGGAAUGUGUUGCGAUGGACAGUGGUUGCCAUCGCGCCACUCUUUGGCGUGCUUGCGUCCGCCUGCAGUAGUGGGCGCUUGGGCACCCACACCACGAUGGUUACUGGCCAUGUGUUGAGCCUGUCAAACCAUGUGACCACGCUGCUGCUGAAGAGGUCCCUCCCUGCACAAGAUCGUGGGAAGGCUGUGCUGAGCCUGUGUGUCAUCCUUGGAACCGUUCUGGGCGCUUUGCUGGGUUCUUACUUCGUGCACCGCUACAACGUGCGGUACCUGCUGUUCCCGGUUCCCCCACUGCUGUAUUGCCUGCUGUGGCUGCACGACCACCUGGCGAAGCCGAGGGCAAUAAUCAAGAAGGUGCGCCGUCACAUCAAGGGACGAUACCAGGAGCCACACAGUCCCUUGGGUGCUUAUCUUUGUUUCUGUUGA